AUGUCAUGGAACGGCACCACCGAGAAUUCUCGAGAUGCUUACUUUCGAGCUACGGAAGCCGGAUUGGAAUGCAUCGAGACGGAUAUUCACCUCUCACUAGAUGGCCACCUGCCCAUGAUCCACGAUGGCGGGCUUGGACGUACGACAGACGUUGGUGAGCAGACGGGACAACCGGCAUACAACCCUUUCACUGGUCAGGGGUACAACCCACUUGUCAGCGAGCACAACUUCACGGGCUUCAUCGAGAACCUUCACCUCCGAGACGAGCAGGGCAGAGUCCACGUGGAGACAGUCCCUACGUUGCCUGAGAUGGUGCACAGUAUCUAUGAAACUGGAGCCAACGUCGUACUACAGCUCGACUUCAAGGAGCAAGCUGCAGUCGAGCCUGCCUACUGGGCCUUGAAGAACCUCACAAACCGUGUUGGGGUGCCUGCAAACGAGUGGUGCAUCUACAAGUUGCAAGCAAAGUGGUGGAAGAACCCUGCGGAGUUCGAGGCAUUGGAAUGGGUUCAGGAUGCGUUUGCUUCUGGCAUUCAGCUUGCUUACAUCCCCGUCUACAACCCUGAAGAUGAAGCCUCAUGGGAUACUCUUACCUCACUUAAGGAGUUUGCCUCAACGAAUUACACCAUCAGCGCCGAGAUUGAGGUAUAUUCGACCGGUGCUCCUUUGCAACCCCUUCAGGACUAUAUUGUUCAUAAUGGAACGGAACAGGACACCUUUAGAACAUCUGGCAUUUUCUCUAUUUACGCCGCUGGAGACCUGGUUGAUUUCAUCACCUCAGACCUCACGCGGUUCGGCACAGCGAACUAUACUAUCCCAGACGAUAUUCACACCAACAACUCGGUGUUUGUCUUCCAGGAGAACAAGGCCCCAGCACUUCUCGACUCACUUGUGGGAAAUAAGUCGCUCGAUGGCCAUGACUACCGAUCUGACUUCGACUGGAUUGUCAAGCAAGGCUUCCAGUGGGUCAUCACUGACAUUGCCGAUGUCUGGGAUGCCGAACUGCGCGCACAGGGCAAGCGCAACACAAGCUACUUAUUGAAUGGCACGGAACUCAGCCGCCCACAAGUAGCCAGCGUGUUUGAGAACGUCGUCGCUACCGAUGAUAUCCAAGAUUUCGGGUGGGCAGCUGAGUUGAAUGAUAACACUCCUUGGACUGGUGAUGCCUUCUCCAACUACACGAACAUUCCUUCGGUAGCACCGAACAUCAAUAUCAAUCCAGAUCUUGUGACCGAUCUCAUCGCCGACAUCAACACCGAAAUAUCCAGGAGGGCAAAUUUUGAGCCCUCCAUGCUUGUGGACAAUAGCCUCCUGCUCCGACCGCGAAAAUGGCGAAGCACAGAGUCUUCUAUGACAUCCAGAAUGAUGCGAGGAGAUAUUCUAACAUAUCCCGAAAUGCUGAUCAACGGCCUCAAUCUGCCCCCCUUCAUCAGUCCGCCAUGCUGCGGCGACGAACGACAGUGCCAAGAGUCAGGGUCUCAUCAAUGCCUCCCGCAACCUUUGGUAGCAUGCGCAAGCAUCAUUCGAAUGUGGCAAGCAAACAGCCCCGACAACAAGGCAUUCAUAUGGAGGACCAUCUACAUGGAGCAACAGAAGCUCCUUCACGAAUCGCUAAUUCCGGUGCCUUUGAAGCAUGAGUCUUGCGAAAAGGAGACUCUGAUAGCUGCUGUCCAGGCUGCUGUUUUAUACACCAUACUCCACAUUGAAGAAGUCGCGUCGAUUCCAAAACAUUAUGUUAGAUCUCUUCUCAUCACCUUGGGUACCAUGACGUUCUCGAUGAUGAACGUCCGAGAUAUGGAUUAUUGUCACCAAACCGAUGAGGUUCCUACUCGGCAUGAGUGGAUAUGCAACCAAAGCAUGUGGAGAGUGACAUCCUUCUGCUAUGCGCUGAAUGAACUGCUCCACAUCGCAAAAAUACCUUCUUCUGGCAAUGGUGGCGGGCCAUGCCGAAGAGUACACCUCCCCAGCACCCGCAGCCUUUGGACAGCCAAGUCAAAUCUUGAGUGGCAGCGCCAAUACGCGAAGCAGCUUUCUAAACGACAACUCCGAGACUGUUACAGGAUUGCGCACCUUCGGGAGUAUUCCAAAUAUCCAGGAGACUCCUCGGCAGGAAGGAGCUGGGCGACUGACCUUGAUGAUUGGUGCAUGGAUCAUGAUGAGUUGGGCACGCUUAUCUGGAUGGCUACAAAGCUAGACCCCGUGUAG